AUGGGCCCCAACUCCUUGAAGCGGUUGAGUGUACGAUUCGGACGGAGCAAGCCAUCGCAAAGGUCUACAGAGCCACCGCCAGGAAGUGUCCUACCUGAUCACAUCUCCCUUCAGCUGGAUCCUUUGCCACAAAUCAGAUCUAUCAGCCCAACCGGACGACCACGGCGAGACCCCCCUCCAAGAGAUUUAAGCACUUUGCCUGCGCUACCAGCCGAGAUCUUGCUUGCUAUUGCAGACCACCUUGACGAUGCAAGCACCAUCUGUUUAUCUGCAACCUCAUAUCGCUUGUCUGAGGUUCUAUGUGCGCUCACUCGUGACCUAAGAGAGCGAGAACGUUCACGCUGUGCCAAAUGGCUCAUCAUGGCCCAGCUAGAACGAGGCCUAGUGAUUGACCCGAGAGGUCAAAAUGCAGACGUCAAACUGACUUGUGUGCUCUGCAAAGUCAAGCUUGCCAUCUCAUCAUUCGAACGCUAUCACCCUCCCACCACGAACCCGAGUUUCAUGGAGAAUGGCUUCGAGAGUCUGCAUAUGCUCUCACGUAUGCCGUGCGCUCGAUUUUGUGAACAUCACGCUAUGCGCACAGUGCUCGGUCGAGAAUCAUCAGAUCCGAGGAGGAACGCCGAUCAAACCAUCCGUUGGGAAUGCUGCCGCCGCCGCAUGUGCCUGCAUUGCGGCACCGUCCCCAGUGAUGGUAGCCCACCCUCGUGCGCAUGCACCUGUCCCGUCUGCCCAAAAGAUGCACAGGUGCCCACCUUUGUCCGAUAUGGACUUGCACGGGCAGGGGAGAAAGCUGCGGAUGACCUUCGCGUGUUCUUCUUACGAUUCGAGAGAGGUGCCGCUGGCGGUGGCCCGCUACUGGCGGUCGAACGAGUUCACAGGAGAGACGAGAGGAAGUGGAUUGAAGCUCCGAUCACUAAGCUUCCUGUUGAGUUUCGAUAA